CUGUCAGCUGCUCUCCCCACAGAGCCACCAUCACAUGUCUGGCCUCCAGCGCCUGGGAAGUCUGCCUUCAGCCCGGCAUCUCAGAGGCAUGAAUAAUUAGGUAGGCAUAAUGGAAGGCACUCACUACACCCUCCAAUUGCAGAAACCCAUUACUGAACUUUGCUACAUCAGCUUCUAUCUUCCAAGGGGACAAGCCAGAGGAUUUUCGUACAAGGGCGUUGUAACCCUAGACAAAGCCAAUAAAGGUUUGCACAACUGCUACCAAGUCAGGGAGGGGCCCAACAUCAGCAGCCUCAGCCUGCAGCCCAGUGAACACCCGGGUGACAUCUUUUUCAGGGAAACUCCCACCAAAGACAUUCUCACCGAGCUGUACAAGCUCACAGCUGAGAGGGAGCGGCUUCUGGCUAACCUGCUGAGCUCAGAGCAUAUCCUGGGCAUAGCCAUGGGGAACCAGGAGGGAAAGCUGCAGGAACUGGCUGUCAGUCUGCCCCCUGAGGAUGACUCUUUCCAGACUGCUGGUGACUGGCAGUGGGAGCCUGCUGUGGGCUGUCUCAACAAGAGGCUCCAUGGGAACAAAAAGCCCCGGAGGUUUGGUGGAAGGAGAGAGAGCAAAGAGGAGCUCCAGCAGAAGAGGGUAAGCAGAAAAGGGCUUGGGGCCCCAGAAUCAGCCUCUCAGAUGGGGAAGGAGCAGACUUGUUCUGGUGAGCCCAUUCCUGGGUCUCCAGCAUCAUCUAAUCUUUGGCUCCUAGAGGAUAAAGGCAACUUGCUCCCCAGUGGGGUGCUUGCCUCCUGCCCACAGAGGGCAGAGAGCUGCCCCCUACAGGGCCCUAGGACACUGGACACAGAUUUUUACCAUGAGAGCUUGAGGAUGGCUUCUGAGGAGGUCACUCUGGGAAGAAGGGAGCAGGCCCCUGAGAGCAGCUCCAUGGAGUCAGGAGAUGCUGGCACCGGGGAGCCACAAAUGGGGUCCCCCAGGCUGAUGUACCAGCACGGAGGUCGACCUGACAGUCACCAGACUUCUGAGCAACAUCCAGAGGCAGAGAAGGGCCAGCGAGAGAAGCCAGUUCAGCGGACUUGCAGGAAGAAGAAGGCAGCUUCCAAAGUGGUGGCCAAAUCCCAGGAGCCAUCCACUCAGGUGCACAGAGUGCUUAAAACACAUCCCAGGGAUGUGUGCCAGGCAGCCCAAGCUGAGUUUACACCCCAAGCUGACUUACAAGCUCUUCCAGGAAUCCAUGCUGGGGGCCUGGGUUCCAGGCAGCAAGACAAACAGCAGCCAGGGGAUGGGUCAUGGUUGCCACUGACCAGGGAACACACUAUGGCUGACACCCAGGGGGCUGUAAACAAGAUCCUCCAGAAGGUGAUAGAGAGUGAGAAGUUAGAUGAAGCCAUGGAAGGGAAAAGGCUGGGGUUCCCCCUCAAAACUGUGGCCAGCCACACCACCCCAAAACCCAGAAGCAAGAGGAGAGAUGGGCUGCCCGUGAGUGGUCACAAAACACUGUUUUUGGAUCUGCCCCCCAGCAUGGGCCCCAACUGUACAGGAGUAGGAGGUGCCGAGGAGAAGCUGUUCCCACCAGUGCUGGCAGCUCUCAGCCCAGCCUUGAAUAAUUCAUCCUUCCAGUCUGGAACAUACACACAGAUGUCAACUGUCCCCUCACCACUUUCCCUGGAACUCCCUGACUGGCAGCAGCAUCACAGGAUUCCCCAGCCGCCUCCACUGUGCAGCAGUGAGGAGGCAGUCAAGCUUGAUAACCCUCCUAGGGAGAGGAGAAGCGCCUUCUUGGGGUCUCCCUUCACUGAGACCUUGGUGCCACCCUCCUGUACAAAGGCCACGGAGACUAAAGAAGCCAGCUUGGCCUCCCUCAAAGCAGACCACCCUCUGUUGGUUCCUAGGGACCCUUUGAAAAAGACUUUGGGGGCCAGGAAGACCACAGCUCUGUCUCAGCACCAGUCACCUCCAGGUAUCUCCUCUGAGGGCUUCCCCCAAGACUACUUCUCUGAACACACAGCAACAAAAGACUUUCCCAAUAGGGAUGGAACCACAUGGGUCCUGGGCUACAGAACAGGACCCACCUAUUCAUUUUUGCUGCAUGAUGAUAGAGAGAAGCCAAACAGAAAUGACUUGUACUUGGAUCUCUAUCAGCCUGACCACAGCCCCACUGAGCAGGAUGAUAGGACUCCUGGCAGACUCCAAGCUAUCUGGCCACCCCCAAAGACAAAAGACACAGAAGAAAAAGUCGGACUGAAGUACACAGAAGCAGAAUACCAAGCUGCAAUUUUACACCUGAAGAGGAAGCACAAAGAAGAAAUUGAAAACCUGCAGGCUCAGUUUGAACUCCAGGCCUUUCAUAUCCGGGGUGAGCAUGCAGUGCUAAUAGCAAGGCUGGAAGAAACCAUCCAACAUCUCAAGCAGGAGCUUGAACACGGGUGGCGCGGGGGCUGUGAAGAAAUGAGGGAUGCGUGUGUCUCCACAGAUGGUGACUGUCCCCCCAGAACCUACAGGAAUGUGUGCAUCCAGACAGACAGAGAGACAUUCCUCAAACCCUGUGAAGGUGAAAACAAGACAACCAGAAGUAACCAGAUCAUCCCCAAAAAGCUAAACAUCUCCACUUUAAGUCAACUAUCUCCCCCAAAUGACAACAAAGACGUUCAUACUCCCUUUCAGCCUGUGGACAGCAUCUCAUUAAAUCAACAGAAGACCUCAUCUCCUCCUCCUGCACCCCCUCUCCCAGUAGCCACUCCCCCCCCUCCUCCUCCCCUCUCUCCUGGACUUGAACUUUUGCCGCCAGCACCUCCUCCACCACCACUACCCCUUGUGAGUACUGGACCACCGCCACCACCACCGCCACCACCACUUCCACCACCUCUGCCUCCAAGCUCUGGGCCACCCCCACCACCUCCCCCACCACCGCUUCCUAACUGCCCACCUCCACCCAAUAGUGGGGGGCUACCACCUGCUCCAGGACCCCCAGGACUUGCACCCCCACCUCCUCCUGGACUUUUCUUUGGUGUCAGCCCUUCUUCUAGCCAGUGUCCUCGGAAGCCAGCUAUUGAGCCCAGUUGUCCCAUGAAGCCUUUGUAUUGGACUAGAAUACAAAUAAGUGAUAAGAGCCAAAAUGCUACACCAACCUUGUGGGAUUCUUUAGAAGAACCUGAUAUUCGGGAUACAAGUGAAUUUGAAUACUUGUUCUCCAAAGACACAAUGCAGCAGAAGAAAAAACCUCUGUCAGAAACCUAUGAGAAAAAAAAUAAGGCCAAAAAGAUUAUCAAGUUAUUGGAUGGAAAACGAUCUCAAACUGUGGGAAUCUUAAUCUCAAGUUUGCAUUUGGAAAUGAAGGAUAUCCAGCAGGCCAUUUUCAACGUGGAUGACUCUGUGGUCGAUCUAGAGACCCUGGCAGCCUUAUACGAAAAUAGAGGCCAAGAGGAUGAAUUGGUUAAAAUAAGAAAAUAUUAUGAGACGUCCAAAAAAGAAGAACUGAAGCUAUUGGAUAAGCCUGAGCAAUUUUUACAUGAACUAGCCCAGAUCCCUAAUUUUGCUGAACGAGCCCAGUGCAUAAUCUUCAGGUCUGUGUUUUCUGAAGGGAUAACUUCCUUGCACCGAAAGGUAGAAAUCAUCACACGAGCUUCCAAGGGCUUGCUGCACAUGAAGAGUGUGAAGGAUAUUUUAGGUCUCAUUCUGGCUUUUGGAAAUUAUAUGAAUGGAGGAAAUAGAACUCGGGGACAAGCAGAUGGCUAUAGCUUAGAAAUUCUGCCCAAACUCAAGGACGUCAAAAGUCGGGACAAUGGGAUUAACCUCGUGGACUAUGUCGUGAAAUACUACUUGCGUUACUAUGAUAAGGAAGCAGGAACAGAAAAGAGUGUUUUCCCCCUGCCUGAACCACAAGAUUUCUUUCUGGCCUCCCAAGUGAAGUUUGAGGACCUCACAAAAGAUUUGCAUAAACUGAAGAGACAAUUAGAAGCAAGUGAGAAACAGAUGAGAGUGGUGUGCAAGGAGUCACCAAAGGAAUACCUCCAGCCUUUCAAAGACAAACUAGAAGAGUUCUUUCAAAAAGCCAAAAAAGAGCAUAAAACAGAAGUCAGCCACUUGGAGAAUGCGCAGAAAAGCUUUGAAGCAACUGUAGGGUAUUUUGGGAUGAAGCCGAAGUCAGGUGAGAAGGAGAUCACACCCAACUACGUGUUCAUGGUGUGGUAUGAGUUCUGCAGUGACUUCAAGACCAUCUGGAAGCGGGAGAGCAAAAAUAUAUCUAAAGAAAGACUGAAGAGGGCUCAGGAAUCUGUCAGCAAACUGACAGCGGAGAAGAAAGUGGAGACAAAGAAAAUCAACCCCACAGCUAGUCUGAAAGAAAGACUGCGUCAGAAGGAAGCCAGUGUGACCACCAGCUAACAGAGACACCCGAACAUGAUGACAACAGGGACAUGGUACCUUGUAUGAGCUUUGACAACACCAGUGCUACAGAAAGUUCUUGACAGAGCUAUUCAGUGUUUGUUAUGCCUAUUUCUUUCCGAGGCUUUCUGCAGUGAGCAUCCCAGAACUUCUUGCAAGUCUCUUUCUAAAUCACAGAAACCAUUAAAAAAACUGACAUAAUAGCAUAUUUGAGUACUGUCUCUUGUAGAGGUCCAAAGUUUACUCUAAAAUCAGAAGCACUAAUAAAAAUCCUUAACAUUUUUUUAAGUGGAGAUUUCAGACUUUCUGAGCCAAGCUUGCUAUAUGUAAAUUUGUGACAGAAGGAUAGAAGAAUCUUUUAUGGCAACUUCCUGGUGAAAUUUCAAGCUUCAGUCUUUACUUGCUGCUGGUAUUGGUCUUCAUUUUGAUCCUAGUGCAGCAAGAUCCUGAUAUGUCUUUCUUGCCAAAAAUCUUAAAGCUUACCAAAAUUAUAUUUAAGAAGUAUCUGCCUUUGUAUUUCCCAAAGCAGAGAGGAAUGGUUAUUUUGUUGUUGCUGUUGUUGUUCCUGCUGCUGCUAUUCACAUAGUGGAAAAGAGAAAAUGGAAUUGCACAUGGAUAGAGAAGGGGUUAGUCAGCCACUUGCCUCCUCCUGGAGAGCCAGUUGUAAUGCAGAAAGUUGAUACCAAAAAAAAAAAAAAAAAUGGGGAGUCGGGCUGUAGCGCAGUGGGUUAAGCGCAGGUGGCGCAAAGCACAAGGACUGGCAUAAGGAUCCCGGUUCGAACCCCGGCUCCCCACCUGCAGGGGAGUCGCUUCACAGGCGGUGAAGCAGGUCUGCAGGUGUCUAUCUUUCUCUCUUCUCUGUCUUCCCCUCCUCUCUCCAUUUCUCUCUGUCCUAUCCAACAAUGACAACAACAAUAAUAACUACAACAAUAAAACAACAAGGGCAACAAAAGGGAAUAAAUAAAUAAAAUAAAAAUAUAAAAAAAAAUGCUUGUAUAUAAAAAAAAAAGUUGACAUAGCCAAUAUGAGCAAUCCAUUCUUCUGGUUUUAUUGUUAUCUCACUGUGGUUUAUUGAACCAGAAGGGACUCCACACUCCAACUCCUAGAAAAGUCCGUGACACCUGAGCAAGGUCAGGCCUGGAAGCAAAGCACUUGCUCAAACAAGCUUCUGAGGAUUUGAGCACAUCAGACCUUUCAAGAAUGGGUGAUACCACAAUGGCACGCAGCUGAGCUCUGCAUUAUUAUGGUCCAGGCUGUGUGAGGCUUGCUCCCUCUCUCUGCCCCCUGGAGAUAGUUUACAGACAGAGGAGCAAGAUCUGCUCUUUUGUCAUGACCUUCGCUUAUGGGUAUGAAGUGGAAGUCUUCAAUGUUAAAAAGUUCAAAGCAGAAAACAGCCCUUUAUACUGACAUAAAAAAGGCAGUGAUGACAUUAAAAUUAAACCUCAAGUGGAGUAUGUACUUUUUUGUGACCUCUGGGGCCUUUCUAGCCUCUUGAGUCACAAAGGAAACCACCUGGCCUUUUCAAAAACCCUGGUAUUUUUUUUUCUUCUUGAGUCAUCAUUCUUUGAAUCCUUCUUGGGAAAGGAAAUGUGGAAGAAUGAGGCAGGUGACUUAAGAAUAGCAUUAAUGACUACCAUGUAUUGACUGAAGCAGAAGGCACCUGAACUUUCUCUUCCAGUUAGUGGAAGAUGGUCUACAGAUGGGCAAGAACCUUGAAAUGCUAAGCAAUCCAGCAUCCAUGUGUGGCUUCUUCUGUCCUCAUCAUCUCCCCAGAAUCUUUCAGCUGCCAGAUGACUGUGCACCCACCAAGGACAUACCUUCCAGUCAUCAGCCCCCUCAGGGAACCUGAUAAAAGAUAUCAACUAAUUAAUUAAAGUGACACCCUAUCUUAAUAUUAUGCACAGCCAGGAUCAAAUCAAAUGUCAGAAGCUAUAUUUAUGCUGGUGCUAACCACUCUCUCAAAAGAAAGGAAUGUGAUAACAUGGUUGACUCGGUUGUUUUUGUUUUUCUGAAUUCCCAAAUAAAAGGAUGCAGCAAGCAAACUUGAAAAGCUGGUAGGGGGCUUCCAUAACUAAAAGAAGACAUAUGCAAAAAAGUUUCUUAACUCUACCUUCUUCUACGAUAUCUCUUCAUUCUCACUGAGCUGUGAGGGAAACCAAGGAAAUUCAUUUUUUCAAUUUCAGACAAACCCCAACGACAGCUCCACUAGGCCCUAUGACACUAUUCUAGUAUUAUCAUACAGAAGAAAAAUGCCUGUUUUGUCCACAGCAUGGCAGUCAGCCUUGAGUUCAGUGAGGCCAGCACUCAUCUAAAUCCUUAUGGAUCCUUCUAGACUUGAUGACCUCAAGCAGCAGACUGCUAUUAGGGGAAUCCUAUAGUCAUUUGAGGUCUCUCAAAGUCACCAGAGCAUGAAGCAAUCACUGAAGGUCAGCAGGACUUUCCCUUUGGCCACAGACCCUGUAAACAACUUUCAUGGAACUAACGGAUAUUUAUGCUAAAGGAUAAUGUGGAGAAACACUUAACUUGAGAGAACUAUAAAAUGCAGCCAGGGUUGGAUUGCAUCUGGAUGGAUAGACUGUCAGUACAAUACCAAUUUCAAGAGCGCAAAGACUACCUGGCUUUGUUGGGGAAAUCUGAUUAUUUUAUUUAAAAAGCAAAAAGUGUGAAAUGCAGCACAAGUGUAUCAGGGCAAAAGAAGAGAGUUUUUGUUACUCCCUACUAGUGUGAGACCCACAACAUGUCUCUGAACACCCACUCUAACCCCACAGAUGUGCCACACUGUCAAUAUAGCCUUCACUGCUCAAUUAAUUCAGUGUUCAGCAGAGGUCCCCAAGAAUUCUGCCAGGUAGAGUCCUUAAAAAUUAGCCUUAAAAUUAGCCUUCUAGAGUGUGGUUGAGGUAUAUCCAAUGCAACAAGUGCCUCUAAACUUUUUAUGGAGAGGAAGUAGUGGGGGAAAAGUUCUGGCAAACCAAGUUUCAUUUGCUGCCUUAAACACAACCCAUUCUGAAGAGUGGCUACCAUUGCUUCUUUGUCAAAAACUAGUUGGGCUGAAGUUCAGAUUCUUGCCUGGCUAUCGAGAUCUAUCAAAUAUCACACCAAGACAUUGUGUAAAUAGGUUAGGUACAAAAUCCCACAUCUGUGAGGUGUAUAAAAUCAGGUUAAAAAGAGCUAUGCUGUUAUAUGACUUUUUAUUUGUUUAGAGUGUUGAAGUCUCCUACUAAAUAUUGUGCUGCUAUCGAUGUAUUUCUGUAGCUCUUUCAGUAAAUGUCUGAUGUAUUUAGAUGGCU